GUACGUUACAAGCUUCCUUCGGCUUGCAAUUGAAACGGCUCGUUUAGAAGAAAUAAUAAAACGGUGCGUAGAAGAUCAAUUAUUUCCUUUCCCUCUUCUCUGGCUCCCCAGCCCCGUCAAGCAAAACCCUAGAAGGGAGACACACGGCGAGGAAAAAGUACAAGAUCAUAAGAAUUGAAUUUCUGGGGAUUUUAGAUCGGGGGAACUUUAGCAGCUCGACAUGAUGAACUUUAGAACAGUCUUGUGCAAACGUUUGAACGUAAAAGAGCUCGUCUCAAAUAUUCCAGUUUAUGAAACCAUUACUAGUACUGCAGAUGGCUCUGCUGGUGGAUUAAGCUUGAUGUUUAGGCGAUGGGCUACUAAGAGAACGGCAGGAUCCACCAAGAAUGGACGAGACUCGAAACCUAAGAAUCUUGGGGUCAAGAAAUUUGGUGGUGAGAGGGUGAUACCUGGAAAUAUUAUAGUUAGGCAAAGGGGCACUCGUUUUCACCCUGGAAACUAUGUUGGAAUGGGAAAGGAUCACACACUUUAUGCCCUGAAAGAAGGGAAUGUCAAGUUUGAGACUCAUAAGCUCAGUGGACGUAAAUGGGUUCAUGUUGAGCCUAAGGAUGGAUAUGAGCUUCACCCUGUCUAUGCUCAAGCAAAUUCUGCUUCAACCCACCUCAAGAUUGCCUCUUGAUUUUGUAAUUUUAGAUGCUCAGUUUCUGGGUUUUGCCUUAUCUGUAAUACUUAUUAAAACAUUAGUUGUUGGAGUUAUUACUUCAAUUUCUGUC